AUGCCAACGCCUAUUCCAGAUAAUAAGUUUGAGCAAGUCAUUGCUGAACGUUAUCUGUUUGCGCCAUUUGCAAAUGAAUCGACUGCUUGGCCUGUUCUCAAUAACAUCCAAAAUGCAUGGCACACUGCUCCACUACCGCGCUAUCACUCUCAAGCUGCCGAAGGUGUUUGGUUACUGACUCAAUCUAUUGAUAAAGUACAAGAGACAGAUUCAGGAACUUCGACACUACAAAUGCAUUGGAUGUCUUUGUCUGCCAAUGGUACUUUAAUAGUUUUAUCUGAUAUAGACGUAAAGAGCAAUGCCAGUCUUUUGGUCGCAUCACAUAAUGAAGACACUGCUUUAGAAUACACAGCUGCCCUCAUCUCACCUGAUAGUGUGCAAUUAAUUCUGUGUAACCGAUCAGAUGCUAGUUCGUGCAAAGUUAUACAAAUCAUAGUUUUUCCUUCUGCCCUUUUAAAUACCACUAAAAUCACAGGCGGUUUAUUUGUGGAGGAUUUGGGAGUUAGAGGAUGGUUGUAUAUUGCUGCUGAUUCGGGACUACACGGGCUGGACUUAUUGACAUUUAUGGUUAAUCCAUUUCUCAAUGGGAUCAAUGUGUCUGUUUCCUCUUUGGCAUGGAGUUCCAAACGGCAGACAAUAUUUGUUGGUACUGAGACCAAACUUUGGAUUCAAUCGUACGGUAUUGGUAAUGAAGGUUGGCGUUUUGAACAUAUCACGGGACUCAUUGAUGCACCGAUUACUUCUCUAGUAUAUAAUAAUGUGCAAGACAAAUUAUGGAUUGGGCAAAGUACCGGAAUAACUCUUCUUUCACCGAUUAUCAUGACAACAGGUCAUGCUCAUUGGUUUUUUUCUCGAUUGGCAGGGCAAAUCUCUAACCCUGGAUCAUAUAUUGGUCAUCUUCCAUUUGCAAACAUUACCGCUCUAAGUGUUAGCCAGUCGAUGUUACCUGACGGUCGUAUAUGGCUGGGUGCUGUACGUGGGGUGAUGCGUUUCGAUUCGAACAGUAGUGACAUCAAUGCUUGGCGUGUAUUCAAUAGUGCCAGAUAUAUGCCAAAUCGUGAAUCGUUGGUUAAUGUAUCUUCGUUGGCUGUCCUGAGUCGUCGCAGUGAUGCAUCUCCUAAUAUGGGAAGUGCUGCAGUAGCAAUCACAAACAAAGGUCUUGCUGUUCUUCGUUUUGAGAUGUGGACAUUGGCACAGAAAGCAGAGCAUUUUCAAAUGUUCUUCGAUCAACCAGGAAGACAUGAUAAAAACGGGUUCAUCUCUGACUGCUCUAUGUCAUCAUGGGGCGAUAGUCGUACUUGUAUCAAAGAACCAGAUGAUAAUGAUGGUCUUUGGACUUCAAUGUAUCUGGCUAGUCAGAUCUUUCGCUAUGUUGUGACGCAAGACGCAAGAGUUAAAGCACAGGCUUGGAAACACUUUGAAGCGAUGGAACUUCUCAAUAAAGUUACAGGUAACGUAUUGAUUACAAGAACGUUUACUGGUAAUUUUGAUUAA